AUGGGACUCGCUGCUGUUGCACUAGAAAACAAUCCAAUAUUUCCAACUUAUCCAAAUCGAUUAAGUGCAGCUGAUGUAUCAGCUGGUUUAACUUUAUCAACAGCUGCAGUAGCUCUUAUUGGAAAAAGUGGAGCAAUAGCUACUUUGAUUAUGGUUUUUAUGGCAUGUACGAGUGCUAUGUCUGCUCAACUAAUUGCUGUAAGUUCCAUAGUUACUUAUGAUAUUUAUAAAGCUUAUUUCAAUCAAACAGCAAGUGGAAAGAAAUUGAUUUAUGUUUCUCAUAUGACUGUCGUUCUAUUUGGUCUCGGAAUGAGUAUAUGGUCAAUUGGAUUGUAUUAUAUUGAAAUCAGCAUGGGAUAUUUGUAUUCAAUGAUGGGUAUCAUUAUUUCUAGUGCUGUUAUUCCAGGUGCAUUGACUCUUCUUUGGAAUAGACAGAGUAAAUGGGCUGUCUGUCUUUCUCCUCCAUUAGGUUUUAUUUGCUCUGUAUCUGCAUGGUUAGUUAUGACUAAAAUUCAAUUUAAUUCAAUUAGUAUUGAAACAACUGGAUCAGAUGUAUCGAUGCUUGUUGGAAAUGUAGUCGCUUUACUCUCUCCGGUCGUAUUCGUACCCAUUAUUUCGCUCAUUGCACCUGAUCCAACACCUUAUGACUUCGUUUCAAUGAGAGCAAUUGAGCUAGUUGACGAUGGUCCAAGAAACACUAAUCAUCCGUCUCUAGGAGAAACAGAACGUGGAAUUGCUUUUUUGACAGGAAAAUUAAAAUUUGCACGUAUUAUAGCUGUCGUUCUCACAUCGUGUCUCGUCGUUAUUUGGCCUUUUCCCAUGUAUGGAACUGCAUAUGUCUUUAGUAAAUCUUUCUUUACCGGUUGGGUUAGUAUUGGAAUUAUUUGGAUGUUUUUUUCAUUCUGUAUUGUCGGAAUUUAUCCAAUUGUUGAAAAUCAAUCAAAAUUCAGCAAAUGGAAACAAAAUGCAAUUACGGUAGCUGGUGGAAAUGGACAAGGACACAAAUUAAAUCAACUCAAUGGCCCUCAAGGAAUCUUUAUUGAUAAAAACAAAGAUAUGUUCAUUGUUGAUUUGGACAAUCGUCGUAUUGUUGAAUGGAAACAUAAUGCAAAGGAAGGACAAAUUAUUGCAGGUGGAAAUGAAUAUGGAAAUCGAAUGAAUCAAUUGAGUUAUGCAACAGAUGUUAUCUUUGAUGAACAAAAUCAUUCGAUCAUCAUUGCUGAUUUUAAUAACAGACGAGUGAUUCAAUGGUUUAAUCAAACUCAACAGAUUCUCAUUCACAAAAUUGCCUGCUGGGGCUUGUCAAUGGAUAAAUAUGGAUUUCUUUAUGUUUCUGAUUCAUUGAAGAAUGAAGUGAGACGAUGGAAAAUGGGAGAAUAUAACAAUGAAGGAAUUGUAGUGGCGGGUGGAAAUGGAGAAGGAAAUGAACUAAAUGAACUCGAUUUUCCUACUUUUAUCUUUGUUGAUGAAGAUCAAUCUGUUUAUGUAUCAGAUACUGCCAAUCAUCGUGUGAUGAAAUGGAAAAAAGAUGCAAAAGAAGGAAUAAUUGUGGCUGGAGGAAAUGGUCAAGGAGGAAAACUUAAUCAAUUGUAUCAUCCUCAAGGUGUACUUGUUGAUGAUCUGGGUCAAAUCUAUGUGGCAGAUUUUGGGAAUCAUCGAGUAAUGCGUUGGUGUGAAGGAAAAGAAGAAGGUGAAAUUGUUGCUGGUGGGAAUGGAAGAGGAAAUCAAUUAAAUCAAUUGGAUGGUCUCUAUGGUUUAUCUUUUGAUAAUGAAGGAAAUCUUUAUGUUGCUGAUUAUAAUAACCAUCGAAUUCAAAAAUUUGAAAUAGUUUUGUGA